UCAAUCGCUAAAUGCCACUCAAGGAUUAGACUAUGGAUACGAUUUAAGGCUAGACAACAGGCAGUGUGAUCCCGGCAUUAGUUUAACCUAGGUUACAAUAACUAUGAUAACACUGUCCACAGUUUGUGACAGUUAAACCAUCAUGGCGACCACAAUCCCUCUCAUAGAUUUCCAGCAUUACGGUCUGCAUGUAGAAAAUACAGAAACAAUUUCUGAUGAAGAUUUAAAACAACUUGGAGAAGAAAUUCACGAAGCUUUUCGUACGAUAGGAUUUUGUUACAUCAAGAAUCAUGGGAUUUCACAAGAACUCGUUGACAAAGCCUUUAAAAUAUCGAGAGACUUUUUCGAUUUACCAGUCGACACCAAAACAAAGGUUAAACGGCCCAUAGACUCUAACAAUGGCUGGGUUGCACCCGGUCGAGAAAGUUUAAAUCCUGAUCGUCCAGGUGAUCUUAAAGAAGCUUUUAAUUUUGCUCCUUCUGGUGAAAAAAUUUUCCCAGAUUCAGACGUACUAGAAAUGAGAAAAAUAUUUGAUGAAUUUUUCGCAGUUUGCAAGAAAAUGACGUUCCGAAUUCUUGAUGUUCUUGCUGUGGGGUUAAAACUUGAGGAUCGAGAUUUUCUCAGACAAUGUCACCAGGAUAUCGGAAAUAAAAACCAAACGACGCUAAGGUCGUUGAUGUAUCCACCAUUACCCACAGACGGAAGUAUUUUACCUGGUCAGGUGAGAUGUGGAGAACAUUCUGAUUAUGGUACAGUAACUAUGUUAUUUCAAGAUGAUGUCGGUGGUCUAGAGGUGUGUAAUACAGCAGGUGAAUAUAUCCAGGCUACACCUGUACCAGGUGCUAUCUGUGUUAAUAUUGGUGACUUAAUGCAAAGAUGGACGGCAGAUAAAUUAAUGGCCACGAAACACCGCGUAUUAAUACCAGAAGAUGAAGUCCGGAAGAACAAGGGGAGACAGUCCAUGGCGUUUUUUAUUCACCCAGACGACGACUGCCUUAUUAAAUGUUUAGAUGGGUCUGAUAAAUACCAGCCUAUUACAGCUCUAGAUUAUCUCAACUGGAGAUUCAGUCUCACUUUUAAAAAUUACUAGAUUAUCUCAGCAGGAGAUUUAGUCUCAAUUUUGAAUACCUCUAGAUUAUCUCAACUGGAGAUUUAGUCUCUCCUAUUAAUAGACAUUACCAUAACGGGCUAUUAUCUUAAUUUGGUGAUUUGUUUUCAUUUUUGAAUACCGCUGAAUUUUCUCAACUGACGAUUUGGUUUAACGUUUCGAUAACUCUAGAGUAUCUCAACUCAACAUUUCGGUUUACUUUUGAAUAGUUCUAUAUCAUCCCAUUUUGUUAUUUCAUAAAAGAACAUUUUAUAUGGAUUUUCUUCGCUCAUUUUGUACACUUAUAUUAUCUCACACUGGAGAUUUUGUCUUUUUUUAUAAAUGGACAUUUUAUACAAAUUGUCGUCACUCAUUUUGUACAACUCUUAAUAAUUUU